AUGAUAUUCAUCCUCAACAGCUUUGAAAAUCAAGCAGGUGGCUCGGUACUCUGGAUACCUCAGUCCAGAAAGGACUUCGGGUGGCAAUCGGCGUUCAGUGGUGCUCCCGUUGCAUCCCCAAUGCUCUUUGCUGGAAAAUUAAUCAGCGGCUUUGUAAUUGGGAUUUUCGUCACACUGUCAUUCACCUAUAUCGGCGAGGGGACAGUAUCAUAUAGUACGUUACUCCUUGAUCAAAGAAUAAAAUUGAAGUUCGCUGCAAACUCUUCGUCAGCUACUCGCUGCGCCUACAGAUCAGUUUUCGUUGCUCAGUACGGGGUUGCCGCGGUCGGGACAUUAUUCAUGCCUUUCAUGCCCGAAGUGGCUUGGUUACUCCCCAGAAGAUAUAGAAAAGCGCAUGGCUACAACAGUGCUUACGCUUCAAGUAUAAUCCCCAAGCCUACAGCUCAGAAAUGGACGGUCGGAAAAGUAAUGUUCUUUCCAAAACAGCUUGCUGGAUACUCCUCAAGCGAGAGUUUCAUCCUCCAGAUUAUUCAGCAGGUCAUCUCCAUGAUUGGGAACGCCAUAUCCUGGUUCCUCGUCGAGAGGGUCAGUCGAAGACCUCUUAUAUUCUCCGGACUCUGCUCUCUGACUGUGUAUUUGAUUCUCACAGAUGCUCUAGAGGUAGUUGCUACACCGACAGCGCUGAAAGGGACGUGUGAUCUUAUCCUAGUAUACUGCUGGGGCUACAAUGUCACAAUUGGAGCCAUAGCAUACACGCUUCUCGCCGAGACGGCGACAUCUCGUCUCCGCUUCAAAACUCUUGUUAUUGACAUAUUCGCGCACAACGCAAUCAAUGAAAGAGCCCGAUACUCAUCAAUACUGAGAAUCCGCCUUUACUCUUCAAUCCCGACCAAGCCAAUCUCGGUGCCAAAGUCUCUCAUCUUCGGCGGCCUUGCGGCCUUGGCCUGCUUGUAUUUGUGGAUUUAUGAGCCCGAGACUGCUGGCCGGACCUAUAAAGAACUCGAUGAGGUAUUCACUAGCAAGGUGGCUGGGAGGAAAUUCAAGUCUACGAAGACACAAACUGAACUGGAGGGAGUGCAGGCGAAGGACAUCCAGGCUGAGAAGACACAAGGUGAACAUAAUGUGUAG